AUUUUAUUCCUUUGCGACGACGACGGCAGCAGCAUGGCCAAGUCCCGCAAGCUCAACCCGUGGGCAGAGCAGAUGAUCGCGGCCUUCCAGCUGCCACCGCUCAAGGACGACGAGUACUUUGUGCAGUGGGAGACGGGCCGGCUCGGCGUCAACAUCAUGGAGGACAAGGAGUCGGAGCUGCCGAUCGUCUGGACGAUCAUUGAUCCAUCGAGCCCACUCGCGGCCGCGAUGGAGGUGGGCGACUACCUCCUCUGCGUCAACGAGCUCCGCGCCGAAGACAAUACGUUCCACAGCUUUCUCCAGCUUCUCACGACCAAGCAAAAGCCGGUACUACUUCGCUUUCGCCGGGCGCGACCACGCGACGACACACAGCCGGAGCCGCCCUUGCCGCGGUCCAAGUCGUUCAAGGGCGAGACCAAGCCCAAUGGCGAAAAGCCAAGCUUGAAGCCAAGCCUGAGCAGCGACAGUCUCUUUCGCAACCGCGCGCCCUCGCGCUCGUCGCGCAAGCUCGACGUGCCGACAGUACGGAUCGAGAGCCCGGAGGAGCCCAAGCCCGUCUCGCCGCGCGACCUCCUGGCGAUGGACCCGUACCGCAAGUACCGGUACGAGUUUGAGUGGGUCGACGGUGCACUCGGCUUGUACUUUGGCGAGGAUGAGAGCCUGAAUAUGCCCGUGAUCACACGCACGCUGCCGCAUGCGAGUCCGGAGCUGCUCACGAACGUAGCACCCAACGACAUUCUCGUCUCGGCCAACGGCCUCUCGUCCUACGACGUGUCCUUUGCAGACUUUUUCACACAGCUCCAGCACUGGCCCAAGCCGAUCCACCUCGUGUUCCAGACAGCGCGUCCGCCAAGCCCGUCAACGCCGAAAGGCGCGCCGCCAUCGAGUCCGCCCCACGACCCGAUCAACCGCGUGCCGAGCCCACCGCCAGACCACGUCCAAGAGCCGGUGCGCGAGUCGACCAAGAUGAAGAUCAUGUCGUUUGGCCACAAGGCACUCAAGCCGACGACCGUGUCGCCCAAUCUGACAACAACGACGUCGACACCACCGGGACGCGAGAAGGCGGCGCCCAAGCCCAUUGUGACGACACCGCCCCGAGACACGACAGCAUCGCUGCUGCAUGCACCGGCGCCAUCCCCGCCGAGGGUCGCCGGCAAAGGCAAGGCCAAAGCGUCGUCGCCUGUGACGAGCGAGCCGUCGCCACCGUCCACCCUGACACACACUGCGUCACCGCAGACAAAAGCGUCGCUGUCGCCGCCGAUGCCAGUCGCGCGGUCGACCUCUCCGCCGGCACCGACACCGGUGACGUCACCGAGUCCGACGCCUGUCACAUCGCCACCGCCACCGCCUGUCUCGUCGCCGAAUCCGGCCGAUGCCAAGACGCCUGUCUUUGAGGACAGUGACUCGGACGACGAGGAAGGCGACCGCAAGGCAUUUGGGUCCGAGUACUUGGACGACGACUUGCCGCCCGCGGUGGCCGACCCGCCGCCGGUCGUCGUCGUUGCCCAGCACGAUGCGCUGUUCGCAUCAACCAGUCACGACGACGACAGUGCGUCCGAGGUUGACUCGGACAUGGACUUGGAUCUCGAAGAGGAGGAAGAAGAGGGCACGGUGGAGAACGAGCCGAUGCCGAAGCUCGACUACCCGGUGCGGAAGGAGCGGUCGUCCGAGGCCGCCGUCGACGAUGGUCCGCGGGUCUCGAGCGUGCCAAAGCCAUUGCCGUCCCGCGGUGGCGGUGAGCGUUCGGGGAAAGCGCGCGGCCGCGGCAAGAACAAGCGCAGCAGUGCCAGCGGGGCGGCCAAGCUGGCCAAGAUUACAGAGAACGACGAGCAGACGAUCCCGCUGCUCGAGCCCAACUCGGUCAACAUGAAGCUCAACGUUCGCGGGAAACUCAAGAGCCAGCGCGUGAGCAAGAUGGACACGCCCGACAGCUCGCUGUACCUCCUCAAGUGGAAAGAAAACCGCAGCAUUGGCCUCCAGCUGCGCGAGUGCCGGCUCAGCAAAGGCGUCUACCCGAUGGUCGUCCUUGUCUGCCGAGAGCCAUGCUGCGAGUCGCUCCGGCACGUGAGCGUCGGCGACGUCCUCCUCGAGAUCAACGGUCGCGACACGGCCAUGAUGGGUGUCAAGAAGACGAUCAGCUUUGUGAAAACGUGCAGUAAGACCGCGCUCCUCAAGCUCAAGCGCGGCCCCGGCUUCUCCGUGCAGCGCGUCAGCGCCACGUUCUAACCCGCGGAGGACUGGUAGAUUAAUAGUGAACGCAGCGUUCCGUUAGAGUG